AUGGAGGCCAGGGUGACUGAAGCCGUGAGGGCAAAUCCAUGUGUCUUUGGGGCAUCACGGGCGCAGGAGCUAUCGAGCACGAUUCGAGGCCCUGCCGUGCUUCGUCAGAAGUCGAGGUCCCUCCUGACGGCCACGGCGGCCCACUGCAUGCAGGCCAUGGAGCAGGAGGCCUUCAGCUGGCAGCAGCCCUCCAACGCCGUGCGAGGCUUCGCCAAGGCGCAGCUCCGGCAGAUCCCGCUGCUGAGGAUGACUGCUUCCUCCUUACGCGAGGAGCAGUCCGAAAUUCAAGCAGGGCACCUGGUCAAGACUGCGCAGGCCUGCGCCACGCUGGAGCCUCUGGGCCGCGCGCUCUCAGAGACCAUCUCCUCCUCAGCGGUGCAGCACAUGCGAGGGCGGCUUCCUCCGCGGGAUAUCAGCAACACCGCCUGA